UCAACUCCAAUUAGAAAUGAUUGUUUGUGGUAAACGAUUAGCUCUUUGUUGUUCUGCCCUCAGUUGUUGGGCGAUUAUCAUGUUAACCCUGAUGGGGAUUCUCCUCUAUUCUCAUGCAAUCGCUUUUUCAGAAGAUCUUGAGAUCGAACCCAAAUUAGAAAAAAUAACAGAUCGAAAAGUUCUAAUAUCAGAAGCUUUUAAUAAAUACGAAAAUGCGGCUCAUAAUUGUUGGAUUGCCGUUUGUCUUUACAUAAUAACUUUAGCGGUUUCGCUUCAUCAAUAUUACCUUAAUAGGAAAGUUCAAUAUGGAUUAUGAUUAAAUCCGAUUAAUCAAAUUACUUGUCAUUCCAGAGUUUCAACUGAAUUAAAUCUUCCAUUGGUCAUAAUUAAUCAAUAUGUUACCAUCUAUGAGCCAAUUACUAAAUUGUUUGAAUGUUAACAAUUAACGAAUGAACAAUAAAAUGUAUUAAAUUGAAACAAUUUCCAAAAGCCAAUUGAUCCUCUUGU